CUUACCAAAAAUAUAAAUUAACAUUAAAUGUAAUUGUCCAUGUCAUGUUAAGCUAUAAGACAUGUCAUCAAUUUUUUUAGUCAUGUCAUAUUUGUUUUGUGAAAUUGAUUAUAGAAAAGACAUGUGGCAAAAUCACUUUGCAAAUAUACUCUAGGAGAUUUUAAUUGUGAAAGAUUCCAUUAAAUAUUGCUAAUGGAGGCACUUUUGCUUCUUUUUCAGUUUAGAACGAAAAUAUAUAAUCGGACCUUAAUUUGUUUUAAAUUAAUGCGACAUUAGGUAGAUGAGUGUAUUAGGUAUCACUAUUUUAUUUGAAAAAGUAUUUAGUAGAUGAACAUAAAAUAAAGAUAUUAAAAACUUUUUAGAUUUUAGUCAUUUUGGUUCUUAGAGUCUAUAUUUGUGAUAGAAUUUUUUUAGUGAUAUUUUAGGGUAUUUCCCUUUUAAUAAAACAAAUAAAUUAUAUAUACACAUAUAUAUAUCUAGUAACUGAUUCAUCUUUUUUUCAAUUAUCCCGCAUUCAAAUACUGAUUAAGAUAUACCACUAAUCUAUAACCAUUCGCCGACGAGUCUAAAGUCAUAUAUACAUGUCGUAACAUGCUUCGAUUUUCAACAACUUGUCACGUGUACCAAUUACAACACCGUGUGGAAAAAUGGAGCAAGUGUAGCAUUAUAACACCCGACGUCGUUUCAUCUUCAUUUUUCCCAUCCAAGAAAAUGAGAUUUCUGCAACUGCUAACGCUUCUGAGCCUCCUCGUCGUCAUAGUGACUCCAAUCUCAGCGACAUUCUACACCAACAUCUCUUCCAUACCACCGUUACACCUCCUAAACGCCACUCGAAGCGCGUGGGAAACUUUCGAGAAACUAACCGGUUGCCACGUCGGAGACAAAGCCGACGGCCUCUCCAAACUCAAACAAUACUUCAGUCGUUUCGGUUACAUCCCCGCCGCCGUCGAUAACUUCACCGACGACUUCGACGACGUCCUCCAAUCAGCCAUCAGCACUUACCAGAAGAACUUCAACCUCAAAGUCACCGGCAAACUCGACGCGUCGACUCUAGGCCAGAUCGUUAAACCGAGAUGCGGCAACCCGGACAUGAUCGACGGCACUACGUCGGAGAUGAACGCCGGUAAGAAGUUCCGUACGGUGGCGCGUUACUCGUUUUUCCCCGGGAAGCCGCAGUGGCCGAAACGGAAUCGAGAUCUGAGCUACGCGUUUGUUCCUCUCAACAAUCUAACGGAAGAAGUUAAGCAAGUGUUCGCACGCGCCUUCACGCGAUGGGCGGACGUUACGCCGUUGAACUUCACGCGCUCUGAGUCCAUCCUCAGGGCCGAUAUAGUGAUCGGGUUUUUCGCCGGGGAUCACGGGGACGGAGAGCCGUUCGAUGGACCGAUGGGGACGCUAGCGCACGCGUCGUCUCCGCCUACGGGGAUGUUUCAUCUCGACGGCGACGAGGAUUGGCUGAUCUCGGGAGAGGAUAUGAGCCGUCAGAUAUUGCCGGUGACGUCGGUGGUGGAUCUGGAGUCGGUCGCUGUACACGAGAUCGGACAUCUUCUUGGGUUAGGUCACUCGUCGGUGGAGGAUGCGAUUAUGUAUCCGGCGAUUUCUGGUGGACAUCGGAAGGUGGAGUUAGCGAAGGAUGAUAUUGAGGGGAUACAGCAUCUGUAUGGAGACGGUGGUUCUAACCGUCGAAGUGAAACCAGCGGUGGUGCUGAGUUCUGGAGAGGGUUGGUGUUUAGCCUAUCUUCGAUCGCCACGUGUAUACUUUUGAUUUGUUGCUAGCGUUUUUACAGUGAUCUUUCGUGAGUUUCUCAAAGUGCAGAGACACACAAAUAUUUAUGUUUAAUCAUGAAUAUCUUAUUUAAGAUUUUUUUGGAGAAAUUUUCUUAUAAUUUGAAAAAUAUCUAAAAGGAUAAUUUACAACAUUUGUAUUUAUUAUAUUUUCAAAUCUUUGUUGAUAUAUCAUAUUGUUCCUUUUAUGUUUGGCAAUAA